CGCGAGAUCGCGGGUGACGCCCGGGCUCGGCCGCGGCUCGGGGCAGGCGGGACGAUGGCGGCGGUAGCCGGGCGGCUUCUGGCGGCAGUCGCGGCUCACUCAGGGAGGGCAGGCUGGGGCGGGCCGCGCGGCGCCUCGGCUGCUUCGCUGGUGCCCUCCCGGAGCGCCACCGUCACCCGCAGCGGCGCCAUUUUGCCCAAGCCGGUUAAGACUCCCUUCGGCCUCCUCAGAGUGUUCAGCGUCGUGAUCCCUUUCCUGUAUGUUGGUACUCAGAUCAGUAAGAACUUCGCAGCCUUACUUGAAGAACAUGAUAUCUUUGUCCCAGAGGAUGAUGAUGAUGAUGAUUAAAGGCACGGUAACAGAAGAACGGAAGGGAGAAAGCCAUUGACAAAGCAAUGAUUCCAACGUCUGUCACCUGUGUUUUGUCCUUCCUAAACGGGACGGGGGCUUUGUCCCCCUUUUGCCAGUGAGUGUCCAGUGCAUGACGGAAUCUGUAAAUCAGGGCUGAAGGAAGAGCACUGCAUCCCUGCAGCCCUUGCACAUGCUCACCUCAUCAAAGACUGCUUGGAUGCCUUGAAUUAGCAAUAUGGGAAACACUUAAUUAAAGAUCAAGAGAUUGAGAUGUA